AUGGUGAUGGAGUCCUGUUGUGAUCACUGCAUGAUGAUGGAGUCCUGUUGUGAUCACUGCAUGAUGAUGGAGUCCUGUUGUGAUCACUGCAUGGAGAUGGAGUCCUGUUUUGAGGACUACAUGGUAAUGGGGUCCAGUUGUGAGCAAUGCAUGGUGACUGAAUUCUGUUGUGAUUACUGCAUGGUGAUGGAGUCCUGUUGUGAUGACUGCAUGGUGAUGGUGUCUAGUUGUGAUGUUUGCAUGGUGAUAGAGUCCUGUGGUGAUGACCGCAUGGUGAUAGAGGCCAGUUGUGAUGACUACAUGGUGAUGAAGUCCAGCUGUGAUGACUACAUCGUGAUGGAGCUCUGUUGUAAUCACUUCAAGGUGAAAGAGUCCUGUGGUGAUAACUGCAUGGUGAUGGAGUCCUGA